AUGCUUUAUUAGGUUAUUGUCCAUAGGAUACAAAUAAAUCAAUUAUUAAAAGAUAAUAAAUGGCUGAAUAAUUAGGAUAGAGAGCUGAAUAUAGAGUUUUAAGCUUUGAUUGUUUAUUAUUUUUUCCAUGACAAUAUCAAUUUCUAUAGUUAUAGAGAAGUUUGAUUUAAAUUUAUUAAAUUUAGUGUAUCAGAGAAUUAACUUUAAUUUUUUAAUGGGCAGAUUGGCAUAAUGGUAAUAUAGGAGCCAAAUAUCUUAAAAUAAUGAAUGUAAUAUUAGAAUAUUCAUUUUGUGCUAAAGAAAAACAAUUUAUAACAUCUUUUUUUGUUAUUGCCAAGGCACUUAGAUUAAAUUAGUUGGUCUAUUUAUAUUAAAAUGUAAAAGUUUAAAAUUCUAAAUUUUAUCUGUUUUAACUAAAAUGGAAGUAUUUACUAAAAAAUUUAUAAGACAAACUUUUAUUUAAGAAAUAUUGGAAUAUCUAUUUUAAUUUGAUUAUUAAUUUAAAUUAUAAUAUAGUUUAUUAAAUAGAUCAAUCUUAAUUAAAAAUAAGGAUAAUGAAGAAUAAUAAGGAAUUUAAAGACCUGAUUAUUAUGUUGAUCAUUUUAUUAAAUGUUAUUACAAACACAAAGAGGCCUAAAUAUUCCUGCUUUACUUAUAGUAACUUCUAAAUAUUUUAUACUUUGUGAGGGUGAUGAAGAAAUUAUAAAGAAAAAGAAUACUAUUAAAUAAGUAGAAAAUCCUAAUCUAAUAAUGGAAUUUUCAUCACUUAAAUUGAUAUUUAAAAUAAAUAUAUCAUAGGUAUUACAGAUCGAAUAUUGAUAUUAUAGAUAGAAGGAAUUUACAGAAUGGAAGGUGAAUAAAGAAUUUGUAUUCUAUAUUCUGUUACAGAUUAACCACCUCCAUUUAAAGAUGAAGAUGCUUAGAAAUUGCAAUAUUAUUCUUUCCUAAAAUAAUUUCAACAAUGA